CUGUCACGAAUCAGAGUUGGUGGACCCGAGCAGAGAACCACUCAUCCAAGACUGGAGGGGAUGGAGAAUGAUUUAUUGGAGGAGAUGAAUGCUGGCGGAUGGAGAAAGACAGGGUGUAGGAGAGGGGGUUCCGGGCAGGAGUGGGGGGUCCAGGCAGGAGUGGGGGGUCCAGGCAGGAGUGGGGGGUCCAGGCAGGAGUGGGGAAUCCAGGCAGGAGUAGGGGUUCCAGGCAGGGGUGAGGGUUCCAGGCAGGAGUGAGGGUUCCCGGACAGCUGGCUGCGUGAAGGCAGGAGAAAGCAAAGUUAAAAUAAGGCAGAAACUCAAACAGAAAAUGUCGAAGGGCUAGAGAGCAAACCGAACUGCAUGAUUUCAGGUUCAAUACUCUGGCAGGGAGUGGAAGGUUGAGCCGGUCUUUAUUGCAGAGGUAGGUGAUUAGUGGAAUGGUUGUCAGCUGUCCGGGAGCCGUGCAGGUAGUUGAUUACCUGAGUGGAGUCAGCUGAGAAGCUUGACUCCACUCAGGCACUGAGCUGUAGAGGGAGAGACAGGGCAGAGGAGCGGAUGGGAGACAACCAGAGACAGGACAGAGGAGAGGAUGGGAAACAACCAGACAGACAGAGACAGGACAGAGGAGAGGAUGGGAAACAACCAGACAGACAGAGACAGGACAGAGGAGCGGAACUGUGACAGUACCCCCCCCUCAACGGGCGCCUCCCGGCGCCCCAUGGACCGAACCAACGAGGGGCCCACUGGGGCAACCAGGGAGCAGACAGACACACAGACAAACACAGGGACCAGACAGAGCGGAAGGAACCAAAAGGACAGGACUAGACUGGACUGGAGCGAAGGAAAGGACAGGACUGGAGUGAAGGAAAGGACAGGACUGGAGUGAAGGAAAGGACAGGGCUGGAGUGAAGGAAAGGACAGGGCUGGAGUGAAGGAAAGGACUGGGCUGGACUGAAGGAAAGGACUGGGCUGGACUGAAGGAAAGGACUGGGCUGGACUGAAGGAAAGGACUGGGCUGGACUGAAGGAAAGGACUGGGCUGGACUGAAGGAAAGGACUGGGCUGGACUGAGCGGAGCUAGGGACAGGACUGGGCCGGGCUGGACUGGGCGGAGCUAGGGACAGGACUGGGCCGGGCUGGACUGGGCGGAGCUAGGGACAGGACUGGGCCGGGCUGGACUGGGCGGAGCUAGGGACAGGACUGGACAGCACUGAACUGAGGGCAGGACGGGACAGAACUGAACUGAGGGCAGGACGGGACAGAACUGAACUGAGGGCAGGACGGGACAGAACUGAACUGAGAGCAGGACUGGACUGGACUGGACAGGACUGAACUGAGAGCUGGGCAGGACUGGACUGGACAGGACUGAACUGAGAGCAGGACUGGACAGGACUGAACUGAACUGAGAGCAGGGCAGGACGGGGACUGGAUCGGACUGAACUGAGAACUGAGCAGGACGGGGACUGGAUCGGACUGAACUGAGAACUGGGCAGGACGGGGACUAGGCUGGCCAGACAUUAGCUCCGGGGGUCGGCCCGAAGGCAGAACUGUCCGGGGAUGGACAGGGCGGAGGGUCCGCUCCGGAGGGCGGACCGUAGGUCGGACUAACUGGGGAUGAGUGGGCCGGAGGGUCCGUUCCGGUGGGCGGAGGAUCCGUUCCGGCGGACGGACCGUGGGCCGGACUGGCCAGGGAUGGGCAGGACGGAGAGUCCGUUCCGGUGGGCGGCCUGGGGGUCGGACUGGACGUGGAUGAGCAGGGCAGAGAGUCCGUUCCGGUGGGCGGCCCGGUCGAGGCUGGGCAAGCCGGAGGGUCCGUUUCGGGGGACGGCCCGAAGGCGGGACAGGCCGAGACCGGAUCGGGCGGAGGACCCGCUUCAGAGGGUGGCCUGGCGGCUGGACGGGCCAGGACUUGACAGACAGGGUGGAUCGUUCAGGGGGACGGCCCGGGGGCCGGACAGGGCAGAGGGGCCGCUCCGGCGGACGGCUCCGAGGCCGGACAGGGCAGAGGGGCCGCUCCGGCGGACGGCUCCGAGACCGGACAGGGCAGAGGGGCCGCUCCGGCGGACGGCCCGGGGGCCGGACAGACAGGCGGGACCGCCCAGGGGGACGGCCCGGGGGCCGGACAGGGCAGAGGGGCCGCUCCGGCGGACGGCUCCGAGGCCGGACAGGGCAGAGGGGCCGCUCCGGCGGACGGCUCCGAGGCCGGACAGGGCAGAGGGGCCGCUCCGGCGGACGGCUCCGAGGCCGGACAGGGCAGAGGGGCCGCUCCGGCGGACGGCUCCGAGGCCGGACAGGGCAGAGGGGCCGCUCCGGCGGACGAAUCCGGGUCGGGUCGGGGGCUUCCUGGGAGAUUUGACUAGCUAA